UGACCUCUUAACCUACUCGUACUUUGUGCCUAAAUGUUGUGUUUUCCUAACGGAAUUUAUACAAUGAACUGCCUUGGGUGUUCCUAGGGCGCGGCUUAUCCUACUGUUUGAUUGUUUGUAGCUUUAAUAUAUAUAAUUUUUUGUUUGCCUCGAACUGUCUGUGAUGAGCCGAGCCCCGUUGAUAAGCUUUGUCAUUUGAAAUGCCCUUGCAAAAAUUAGAAGUUGUCUGUAGUUUCGAAUAUUUCUUAUCUCAUUUUGAUGUGAUUCUUCUUAGUUAGUAGUCAAUUUGGAAAGUACGCAAGACUUACAAACAAAGAGCUGAUAGUAACAGGACUGAUAGUAAUAUAGAAACUUAAAUCACUGCAUUCAGGAAUGAAUAGUUAAAAAUCUAAAGACAUUAUUUUCCUAAAGAAACCUAUCUUCCAAUAUGACAACACUUUAAAAGUCAAAUAAAAACUGUAAACAAAAAAAGAAGAAAAACAUAAAAUACCAUAAAAAGAACACUACAAUACACAAGGAGAGACCCAGGAUGGAUGAGGAUGACUCCGAUUACCUGCCGCGGGGGAACACCAACAGAUUGAGCGUUCCGAAUGACCCGGCUCUACUAGCAGUCUAUGAGCUUUACAAGACGCCCCUGACUGCCCAUCGUCAAUUGCUUUCCGAGCACAACAGAGAGACCUUCGCCGAGGCAUUGAACGGACCCGGGCAGGUGCCCACUUUGUCGGAUCUGUGCGUCCGGCAGUUAGCCAAAUGUGGUAAUGCCCACGUGCCUGCUGCCGUACGCCAGGAUCCGCUGAAGAUGCGCAUCCACUACGACUCGCUGGACGUAGAUCUGCCCCUGCGAGAGUGCUACUAUGUGGAGGAUGUGAGCUACUGGAGGCGCGUGGUGCUGGCCAAGUGCUCGGACACUUGUCUUGUGCUGAAGGGCUUGAACGAUUACGAUUGGCGCGGCAAGGGAUUGAGCCUCAAGUACGUGGAGCUGGUCGAGGCCUGCCCAGCGGCUCUCUGGCCAGAGGAAGAGAUGUCUCAGCUGGCCGUGCUGAUUCAGGAUCAAGUGCGCUCCAUGGACAUUCGGCACCUGCAAUCGCUGACGGAGUAUGCCUUCCGGAAAGUGGGACACGAGGAAAACGACUCGGAGCCGGACAUCACAUCUGAAGAGUCCGCUGGAAUUGAGAUAUCCAGCGAUGAGCUUAUGACCCCGUUAGAUGGUGGCGAGGAGGAGGGCGAGGAGGAGGAGCGUGGAUCGUACUCUCCCUCUGCCCAUUCAAAGGUCAUUGGAUUCAACACAAAGUUUAUGGUCGACUACUCAGACGACGAAGAUGCCUCAGGCGGAGAGCGGCGAAAGCGUCGGCGGGAAAGGAACGCCGCCCGCCAGCGGUUGAGGGAUCUGAAGGCUGCCAAGGAGGCGGAGCACGAGGAGCGCCGGCGUCGUCGGUCUGAGGCGCGGAAGUCCAGGGAACCAGAGCCGCGCAACAAGAGGAAGCGGAAGCAGCGCAUCGCAGGCGCCUUUGACAUCCGAGUGGAGCCAGAACCGGAUGAUGGUGAGGACAAGGUGAUGGACAAGCGCAACAAGCAGCGCUAUCUGCAGCAUCUGCAGCAAAUUAAUUAUCCGGAGGAUGACUGCACCCACAUAGAUCUCAGCUUCGUGCGCCACUUUGUCAACCUGGUCUCGCUGAGCCUAGAGUUUCUGGGUCCGGCGGUGGGCAGGGACUACCACCAGCGACACACGCUGUUUUCCAUCAAGGACAUGGUUCGCCUGGCUCGGGGAUUGGCGGCACUGCAGCAGCUGCAGAUCUUCCGACUGCGCAACAGCCGAUUGAGCAACUUUAAGCUGUAUACUCUUUGUCGAGCUCUGCGAUUGCUGCCCCAAUUGGAGGUGGUGGAUUUUGGCUACAAUCAGAUGACCGACGACUGCGGCCCCGAAUUGGGAAUACUGCUGGAGCGGCCCAACAUGCUGAAGUCCCUGGAGCUGGAGUACAAUCGUUUGGACGCCCGGGCCAUGGCAGCCAUUGGAGAGGCAUUACAGCGACCAAGUGUCACCAGGCUGAAAUAUCUGGGAUUGGCCCACAACAAGAUGAGCGGCGAUUCGCUGGGCAUCCUGUGCAACCGCAUCAAGGGCACCGAGCACGUGGAGGAGCUCAAUCUGUCGGGGAUCGAUGCGAGUCCUCGGACUUUUGUAGACGAAAUCGGUGACCUGAUGCGUCAUCAUGAUCCGCUUCGCCGGCUCACAAUGGUGGCAAUUCCCUUGGGCUUCAAGCUGGGCACUAGGUUGAUAUGUGCUCUAAGUGCCAACAUGAAGAUCACCCAUUUUGAUUGCCGCGACUGCGAUUUGGACGAGGACGAAGAGCUGGAUGCCGAUAUAAUAGUCAGGCGGAACACCUUCCUCAACGAAAACACCUUCAUCUCGGAUACGGAACGCUUCCCCAGCAUGGCCGAUGUGCUGGAAUUUGCAAAGACGCUGAAGCAUCCGAUGGUACAGAAGAUCGAGGACGACAUGGCGAGGAGAGAGCAGUGCAUUCGGUACUAUCCGCCACCAACGCCAAGUGUCCACAGCAUCAGGCCACAGACGCUGGUGGUGGAGGAGUCGGAUUACGACAUUUGGCAGGCUCUCGGCAUCACUACCAAGACCACCACGGCCGCAACUCCACCUGAAGAUAUGGUAAAGAAUGCCAGUUCAUCCUCGGUACUCAACAAAGAACCAUUCAUUUACAAGCCCAACGAAUUUACCCUGGAAGAAUUCCGAGCGCACGUAUUUCUGCCCGGGACAUCAAACAGGCACUCCUACUUUAUGAAACAAAGACAAUCGGCUCUAUAAUUUUUUUGGGGAUUGUGUUAUUCCCAGCAAAAUUCAAAGUUUAUAACUCAUAAAUUUCCAAAUUUGUUGGAUAAUGAUAUUUGAACUGUAGGCCAAAUUGAAAAUAGUGCAGAACAUAGAAGUAUAUAUACAAUUUUACGUGAAAUCUCUUAGAUAAUAAUGUUUGAACUGCAGGCCAAGUUGAAGUUUAUAAAAAUGAAAUAUAUUAAUGAAUAUCACUAAAAACAGUUUAUGUAAGAGAAAAAGAAAGUUCGAAUUCACGGAAAUAACAUUUUUUAGAAGUUAGAAAAUUAAAUUAUUCCUUUUGGGUAUAACCAUUUUAAGAUUGGUUAAGCCUAGGUAAAGCUUUUGCAAGGGCAUUAUAUCUUUGGACUACCGAAGAUCUGCACUUAGUAUCUCCGUAGUUGUACUCUGCUUUACCCCUAUAUGUUGCUUUGUAGCUUGAGUUGGUUUGUCCUUUUUGAGUUGCCAUCUUGACCCCAAAUCUAACCCCGACCACCCACACGAUACACUCCACUCUCUCACACACCC